GUUAUAAGUCCAUAAUCAAACAUAGCUCAAAGUGUGUAACAUAUUCUUAAAUAACUUAAAACAUUUUCAACCUAACAAAAACAAAAACAUGGGUAGUGUAAGUGUUGAAAUUCCAACAAAGGUUCUUACUAACACAUCUAGUAAAGUGAAAAUGCCUGUGGUUGGAAUGGGAUCAGCACCUGACUUCACAUGUAAGAAAGACACAAAAGAUGCAAUCAUUGAAGCCAUCAAACAAGGUUAUAGACACUUUGAUACUGCUGCUGCUUAUGGCUCAGAACAAGCUCUUGGUGAAGGUUUGAAAGAGGCAAUUGAACUUGGUCUUGUUACUAGAGAACAACUUUUUGUUACUUCUAAACUUUGGGUCACUGAAAAUCAUCCUCAUCUUCUUGUUCCUGCUCUUCAAAAAUCUCUCAAGAAUCUUCAAUUGGAGUACUUGGACUUGUAUUUGAUUCAUUGGCCACUUAGUUCUCAGCCUGGAAAGUUUUCAUUUCCAAUUGAUGUGGCAGAUCUCUUGCCAUUUGAUGUGAAGGGUGUUUGGGAAUCCAUGGAGGAAGGCUUGAAACUUGGACUCACUAAGGCUAUUGGUGUCAGUAACUUCUCUGUCAAGAAACUUCAAAAUCUUCUCUCUGUUGCCAAUGUUCUUCCUGCAGUCAAUCAAGUGGAGAUGAACCUUGCAUGGCAACAAAAGGAGCUUAGAGAAUUUUGCAAUGCAAAUGGAAUAGUGUUAACUGCAUUUUCACCAUUGAGGAAAGGUGCAAGCAGGGGAGCAAAUGAGGUUAUGGAGAAUGAUAUGCUUAAAGAGAUUGCAGAUGCUCAUGGAAAGUCUGUUGCACAAAUUUCAUUGAGAUGGUUAUAUGAACAAGGAGUCACUUUUGUUCCCAAGAGCUAUGAUAAAGAAAGAAUGGGUCAAAAUUUGGCUAUCUUUGAUUGGAUAUUAACAAAAGAAGAUCAUGAGAAAAUUGAUCAAAUUAAGCAGAACCGUUUGAUCCCUGGACCAACCAAGCCAGGACUGAAUGAUCUAUGGGAUGAUGAAAUAUAAAAAGUAAUGAUAUAUAUUAAAGUCAUUUAAGCUUGUUUGCCUCAUAAUCUAUCUUAUUGUCUUACAAUGAAUGAGUGUCACAUUUGCUAAUUUAUAAAUGAAAAAGGAGAGAAUAAGCUAUGAAUUUGCUUAAAAGUGUAAUUUUCUUAUUCUGAAGAGAUGUGGUUAAAAGAUGUUCCUAAUCCCUUUUUAUUAAUCUGACAUGGGCUCUAUUGGGCCUUAGGCAGCUUUUUUAUCUUUCAA